CGGAGAGAAAGAUGGGUCGCCUAACAAAGAAAGUGACGCGUAAACACAGAAAAAAAUUACAGAAAUUGCUGCAACUUUUAGAUAGUUCAAGUGAGUCAGACGUCUCGUCGUUGGAGAGUACAGGGACGGACUCGGAUUCAGAUCCGCCCUUAUCAAAGCAUCCAACGCAAGUCCCGGAGCCUGGCUCAUCCCAGGAUCAGGGUGUACAAAAUAUACUACAAUUCCUGGCUAAUCAAGCAUCUGCUAUAAAAGGACCAGAGGUCAGUACAGACGUAGCAGCCCUGAUAUCUGAUCUGAUCUUAUCCCUGUUUGGCAAACUGUCCAGCCCUUCAGCCUCCAAUGAUUAACCCAGAGUUUGGAUCUUGUUUAAGUACAAAUGCAGUUAAAGAGGAUACAUUCCUCAGUAAACUUCAAUUACAGUUAGCAUCUGGGAUAAGUGCACUGGCCGUCGGCUUCGAUAAUCAAUAUGAAAUAA